UGGAGCAACUAUCAAACAAAAAACACAUGUCCAUAAUUUAAUCCUGAUUAUCAAAUAUCAAUAAAAAUCCUAAUCUUUCUCCUUGUUCACGAAUCCCCGUUCUCGACCGUUGAUCACCUUCCGCUUUCUAAUCUCGACCUUCAGUUGCAUCAAAAUAACCCUCCCAACUAACGAGCCUCUUCUUUUCUCCCCUCUUGUCGCCGGAAAAGAUGGCCGCGGCCGCCCCUUCCACUGCCGCUCUUCAAAAUUCUCUGGUCACAUUUCAGUCUCGAUCACCAAGUUCUAAUUCCACUAAUCCAGCAAAUCUUUCGUUCUCCGGCGGCCUAAGACUCCCGAAGAUAACAAUCAAAACAACAAACAAAUCCCGGCAUGGCGGCGGUUACACCGGUGCCAAAAUGGCCGAUUCCGCGGCCGGAAGCUACGCAUCUGCCUUGGCGGAGGUCGCGAGAUCAAACGGAACCCUAGAGGCAACCGCCGCCGACGUCGAGAAGGUCGAUAAACUCUUCUCCGACAAACAAGUGUUGAACUUUUUCGUUAGUCCAAUCGUAAGUCUAGAGCAAAAACGAGAAUUGAUCGAUGAUAUAACAUCUUCGGGGAGCCUCCAACUACACGUAUGCAACUUCCUCAACAUCUUGAUCGAAAGAAAUCGGAUCGAUUUGAUUAAAGAGAUAGUAAAGGAAUUCGAGAUUGUUUACAAUAAGUUGACGGAGACGGAGUUGGCGAUCGUGACUUCCGUAGUGCAGCUGGAGAGGCAACACUUGGCGCAGAUCGCAAAGCAAGUGCAGAGACUCACCAGAGCGAGAAAUGUGAGGAUUAAGACGGCAAUUGAUGAGUCAUUGGUGGCCGGAUUCACGAUCAGAUAUGGAAAUUCUCAAUCCAAGUUGAUUGAUAUGAGUGUGAAGAAGCAAUUGGAAGAAAUUGCUGCACAGCUUGAGAUCGGAGAUAUUCAAAUUCCACGAUACUAGAACCCUCAACAUUUUGGCUGAGAGGCACCUAUUCGUCAACUCAAGACCCUUUGGUGGCGAUAUUACAUUAUAAAGGCAUCUGUUCACUUUUAACAACUACAAAAUAUCGUCAAUAUUACAUUAAAAGUACUUGUAAUUCAACCUCUAUAUACUAUUUAUUUGGAAGUUCAAGGUCAAACCAUUCAAAG